AUGUCGCUUUCAAUCGGUAAUGAAUUGAAAGACUCCUUCAAACCGACAGCAAAUUGGAUAAAUAACAAUAUCAAUUGGCUAUCGGACAUAGAGGAGUUCUAUAGAGAACGUGCAACCAUUGAAUUGGAGUAUGCAAAUAAGUUGAAGCUACUCACAAAGAAGCACUUCGAUAAAAAGGCCAAGAUAUCUAGUGUGGUUUCGGUUGGUGACGAGCCUAAGAUCACUCCAGGGUCAUUAGAAUGUGCAAGUUUGGUUCUCUGGACCGACGUAUUAACUCAAACCGAAAACAUUGCCAAAGAAAAGAUCCAGUUGAGUACCGAGUUGAACUCGAAGGUUUCCGACAACGUCAACUCCUUAAAACAGAAAAGUGCCAGAAUCCAUAGGAAAAUAGAAAUGAUUCACGAGUUCUUAGAACACGACAAGAAGAAGUUAGAAGAUGAGAUUAACAAAUCCAAAAAGCAUUACGAUGGAUUGUGCCAACAAACGGAAUCCGUGCGCAGUAAGACUGAGAAGUCUCCAUCAUCUGAUAAGUAUAGCAAGAGACUUGCAGAGAAAGAAGUUGACAUGAAUGUUGGGAAGAAUGAGUACUUAAUUAAUCUUAAUAUUGCCAAUAGAUUGAAAGAUAAGUACUACUACCAAGAUAUACCUGAAGUUUUGGAUUACUUCCAGGAGUUAAACGAACUGAGAGUUGCCAUUUUAAACAAAUUGCUCAAGAAUGCUUCGAUUAUCGAAAGAAAUUCCAACGAUAGAGUAAAGGAGAAAUUGCAUACAAUUGACGGAACAAUUGACCAGAAUGACCCGAAGUUGGAUACGGCUAUGUUCAUUAAACACAACGUCUCCAACUGGAAGGAACCACAGGAUUUCUACUUCAUUCCAUGUGAAAUUUGGCACGACGAUGAAAGCUUGGUAGUGAAGGAGCCAGAAUUGACUCACUUAAAGAGGAUGUUGGCACAGGCAUCGUCUCAAAUAUCGAGAUUGGAAGAUGCCUGUUUAAAUACUAAGCAACAAUUGGAAGAAUCCACUGUAGAACGGAAGCCCAAUGGAGCAGAAGCUGGAGUAGAUUAUCUGGCUUUGACCUUGAAAUUCGAUGCAAGCUUGUACAAAUCUUUGCAAAUCUUAGAACAAUUCAUGAAAGAUGAUUCAAGCAGAGUUCAAUGUGAGGUCAAAAUUGAAGUUAUUCAAAAUUAUGCUGGGGACAGGGACUUGACAUACCAUGAGGUCAAGGAGAAGAAGAAAUCAAGAUUUGGAUUCUUAGGAGGUAGCAAGAGUAGUGGCACUCACGCUGUUACUGCAGAUCACAACGGAGAUUCGGGAAGCGAAGCUCAAUCUAUUCAUACGGUAAAAUCCAGCCAUUCCCACGGAGUAAGUGGCAUAUUUAAUUUGAGAAAGGGGAAAACCGACGGUUCAUUAGCAACAUCCUCAGGUGGUGGAGGCGCUGGUGGUGGUCUUGCUACUGGGAAGGCUCUUUACGACUAUGAUGCUCAGGGAGAUGACGAGGUAUCAAUGCAGCUUGGAGAUAUGUUGGUUGUGUUAGAGCUUGACGACGGUUCUGGAUGGACUUCCGUACAGCUGAACGGAGCACAAGGUCUUGUACCAACGAGCUACCUUGAGAUUCAGCAUGAUUCGGCAGAUGUGAGCAGGACUUCUAGCAGCAAGCCCAAGAGAGGGCCCAGUGUAGCACCAAAGAGGGGGGCCAGAAGAGUUCAGUAUGUGGAAGCUCUUUAUGAUUAUGAUGCAGAUGGGGAAGAUGAAAUCAGCAUUCGGGCUGGAGACAAGAUCAUCUUGCUACAAGAUGACACGGACGGCAGUGGAUGGACCGAGGGGGACUUGAACGGGAAGAAAGGGAUGUUCCCAACGAGUUAUGUGACGAAGGUUUAA